AUGUCAGUAAUAACUCUUAUUUAUUCAAGCCGACACACAAGAGCCACGAUGACCACGAUCCAACCCUUCGAGGCCACUGAUUUGUUCAAAUUAAGCGAUGUCAAUUUAGACAUACUGACAGAGAACUUUCCACUAGAAUUUUACUUCGAGUAUCUUAUACUAUGGCCUGAACUCUUCUUCAAGAGUGUAGAACUGACAUCGACAGAUGAACAUAGAAAUAUUUCUGGUUAUAUGAUGGCCAAGACGGAAGGUAAAGGCCCUCUGUGGCACUCGCAUAUAACAGCGGUGACUGUAGCACCGACUUUUCGAAGGAUAUCCUUGGCGUCCAUGCUUUGCCGGUCGUUGGAAGCCAUUACCGACUCUAGACCGCAUGAGGUGAACUUCAUCGACCUGUUUGUCAAAUGCAACAACAGCCUGGCGAUCAAACUGUAUGAGAAAUUGGGCUAUAGUGUAUAUAGGCGGGUGGUUGGCUAUUACAACUCAAGCGGCGACGGGUAUCCGGCAACUCUGAACUCGACGAACGACGAUAAGGACGCCUUUGACAUGAGGAAGGCCAUGCAAAGGGAUCAGAACCGAAGCGUGAGGGCGGAUGGCAGGAAACACAAAUGCUAUCCUCACGACGUCAGAUUUUAG